AUGUACGACCGGGCUCCCCGCACCUUCGGCGUGACUCUGGGCUGCACGGACCCCCGGCUGGGCCCCGGCUGCUAUGAGCUGCCUUCCCGGACGAGACAGCUCCGAGGUGGCUAUGCUCCAUUUCUUUCUCUGGCAAGUCGUGGCCUUGGAAGUAUUUAUCAAAAUUCUGAGAAUGAUGUUCCAGGGCCAGGAUACUACGAGAUUGACAGAUCUCUGAAAAUUGUUAAAGGGGGCCACAGUCCCCAGUACAAAGAGCAACGUUUCAAACAGAUCUAUGAUGACACUCCCGGUCCUGGAACAUAUUCCCAACCUCCUUCAAUAGGUCAAGAUGUCAGCAGGGUAAAGAAACCAUCUAAAGUUCCUUCUGCACAAAAACUUGCAGGAAGUAUCAAAAUCUUCAGAAAGUCAGAUGCUCCUUCUAUCCCUUCUCAAGGGCAAUCAUACGGUUAUGAAGAGGCUGAGGAUGGCACUCUUAUAAAACAUAACCCUCCUGCAAGAGACAACACUUUGGGUCCAGCAUACUAUCGAACAAAAAGUAAUGAAACUUAUCCUACAAUGAAAUAUAAAGGAGUGCAUUUUGGCAAUUUAACAGAAAAGCGACAUGAAUUUAAGCCACGUGAGGGCCCUGGACCUGCAGAUUAUGACGUAAUUCAGGAAAGUGCAGUGCAUUAUGAAAAUGUCAACAUCAGAAAAGAAGACCAGAAAAAAUGUGACCUCUAUGUUCCACGAUAUCAUGAGGAAAUAGUAUUACAGGAAGAAAAGAAGGGUGUUCCAGGUCCUGGCCAGUACGAUAUAAAAAGUCAGUUUGAGAAGAUAGAUAAUGCAGCACAAAGUGAAGCUCAUCAUGCUCCCUUUCUUUCUCUUGCCCAGAGGUUUGCACCUGUGAAAUCAUUCACUCCAGCUCCUGGCACAUAUAAUGAAACACGCUCUGCUCUAGAGUCCUUGAAGAAAGCGUCUAAGACAAGGCAUGUCCCUUUUGGCCAUACUUCUGUUCGAUUCAGGCAGGACUACAGGAUGCACAAAACACCAGAUCCUGCAUUUUACAAUAUCCUCAACUACAGCAUUGCAGCACAAAGUCUUAAAAAAGCUGUCUUGGAAAAGAAAAAGAAAGGAGCUUUUGGUUCUACAGUUCCUAGACUGUUAUAUUUAGUUAAGAGGGAAGCCUUUACUACUCCUGGACCAGCAGAUUAUCAGGUCAAAGAAACUACUGAAGAACCACGCAAAAAGAAAAAACAAUUGUCUAUUUUUGUCUCAAGAACAGAUAGAAUUCCAGUUGUUCAUACAGAAGCUCCUGCACCAGGUUCGUAUGAUGUUCAAAAGUCCUUUGAAAAAUCGCAGUGCAAAAGUGAGUACAUGUCUCCACGAACUGUGGCAGCUAAAAGGAAGCAUGCUUCUUUUCUGAGUGGAACAUUUAGGAAAGGCAUGGCAAGGGUCAGAACAGAUGUUCCAGGGCCAGGAGCAUACAACCCAGAUGCAUGCAACUCAAGAGCAAGAUUGUCUUCCAGGGUUACUGUAUGGAUUUCUCCGGUCGAGCGUUUUAAAGAGGCAAGAGAUGACACUCCUGGUCCUGGGGCAUAUGAGCUGAGCCCACUCUUUAGAGAUACAGUUCUGAAGAGAACAUUCAAUGCCACAUUGAAUAAUCCUGUUGAGCUACAAAUGGACAAUUCUAUUUACAAACCUUUGACUGACAAACAAGACCUUUUCUGUGUGUCUAAUAAAAAGAUCUUGAAAGCGCAAAGCGAAUGAUGGUACAUGAGCCCCCCUGAGUGU